AACUACAAGUCCCAUAAGCCUUUGCAUACGGACAUCUUAUUUUGGCCAAUCCGUUUUCUCCAAGCCAUCUGCUGAAAGGUUACUUCCGGGCUGUAACGCAUGUGAAAUAAGGUGCUGCUGCUCAAAGACAGAAGAUGCUUUGCCGACACCUGAUGUUUCUUCUGACGCUGGGCUGCAUUUUUGCAGCAGCUGUGGAGGUCCAGCGCCCUCGAGGGGUCUCGCUGUCCAAUCGGCAUUUCUAUGACGAGACAAAGCCUUUUACAUGUUUGGAUGGGUCCAAGACGAUUGCCUUUGACCGAGUUAAUGAUGACUACUGUGACUGCAAGGAUGGCUCUGAUGAACCAGGAACAUCUGCAUGUCCCAAUGGCAAUUUCCACUGCACCAAUGUUGGUUACAAGCCGCAGUUCAUCCCGUCGUCGCGUGUCAAUGAUGGCGUUUGUGAUUGCUGUGAUGCCACUGAUGAGUAUAAUAGCGGUGCUGUAUGUCCGAAUACAUGCAAAGAGAUGGGCCGCAAGGAGAGAGAGAGCUUGCAGCAGAUGGCAGAAAUUGCCCGGGAAGGCUUCCAGCUGAAGCAGCGACUUAUUGAAGAAGCUAAAAGGAGGCUAGAGGAGAAAGAAAAAAAGCUUGUUGAACUGAAGGAAGGCAAAAUUCAGAAGGAAGAGCAGCUGGAAGCUCUGCGUACAGUUAAAGAGACAGCGGAGAAACCAGAAAAGGAGGCCCGCGACAGACAUCAGGGUGCUUGGGAAGAACAAAAGGCAAUUAUUCAGAAGGAAAAGGAUAGGAGGAGGAUGGCAGAAUCUUUCAGAGAGAUUGAUGAUGAUGGCGAUGGAAUCAUCUCUGUGUCGGAGCUGCAGACACAUGGCGAGCUUGACCCGGAUGCCGAUGGCUCCUUAACUGAAGAAGAGGCACAGACACUAAUGGGAGGUGCCACUCAGACUGACAUGACUGCAUUUGAGGAGGUGGCGUGGAAGAACAUAAAAGAAAAAUACAAACCAGAGUUUGAGGCACAUCCUGAGGCACCUAUGUUGUCAGAGACUCCAGAAGAGAUUGCCAAGGAGCCUCCAAGUGAUUCUGUCCCAGAAGAAGAUGAUGAUGAAGAUGACGAUGGUGAAGAUGAAGUCGAUGAUGAAGAUGACCCUGAAUAUGAUAAGGCACCUCCUGUCGGCCUUCCCAGCCAAAAGACAGAAGAUGAAGAGAGGAUGCCUCCAUAUGAUGAAGAAACCCAAGCACUUAUUGAUGCUGCUCAGAAGGCUCGUGAUGCCUUUGAUGAAGCCGAGAAGUCGCUCCGGGAAGCUGAAGAUCAAAUCAGGGGCUUGGAGAAAGAGAUAUCCUUUGACUUUGGACCCAGUGCUGAAUUCUCCUAUCUUUACAACCAGUGCUAUGAGCUCACCACCAAUGAGUAUGUGUACAAAAUGUGCCCAUUCAGUCGAGUGUCUCAGAAACCAAAAUAUGGAGGCUCAGAGACUAACCUUGGGUCUUGGGGGUCCUGGGCAGGUCCGGAAAACAACAAAUACGCCAUGAUGAAGUUUGAGCAGGGCACUGGCUGCUGGCAAGGACCCAACCGAUCUACCACGGUGAAGCUGAGCUGCGGCAAAGACACGGCUGUCAUCUCGACCACUGAGCCCAGCCGCUGCGAGUACCUGAUGGAGUUCACCACGCCAGCUGUGUGCCGAGAACCGCAGGAGCUGGACCCGCAUCACGAGCUGGACGCCCCCCGUGACGAGCUCUAGCCUCUUGGACCACUUUGGAGGGGGGAGACCCUCGAGGGAGACGGCGUCCAUCUUUCUUUAGCGCUGUAACGUCACGCCUCAGUUUUUUUUUUUUUUUCCCCCAAUUUGAACUUUGUUUCUGCACAUUGAAUUACAGACCACCUGUGUCAAAUCUUGGGGGGGGGGGGGUCACUAAGGACUGUUUUUAAUUUUUAUGAUGUUUGUAUGCUUGCAUUCCAAGAAAAGUCAAUGAAUGAAUUGCACUGAUUUGGGGGAUUGUGCUGGGGGUCCGACGGGCAUCUAUGUCACUGAAAUGACCCACAGUUGUAUUUAAAUGUCUUUUCACCCCCCCAACAUCUCGUGAAGUUUCUUUUCCUCUUUGGUUGUUUUGGUUCUUGUUUCAUUUUAACUUCAUUCACCAAUAAAGUGCAUAAAAUGGACAACUUAA